UCAUCCAGUGGAACUGAGGGUUGGGACUACAAAAGGAUACCCACAAUCUCCCCAUUGUUCACUGGCAUCAUUGUUGGUCUGAACCCCACAGCUGCUCAGCCAUGUCCCCCAAGAAAGCCAAGAAGAGAACGGCAGAGGGAGCCAACUCCAAUGUCUUCUCCAUGUUUGAGCAGGCUCAGAUCCAGGAAUUUAAAGAGGCCUUUACUAUCAUGGACCAGAACAGAGAUGGCUUCAUCGACAAGAAUGAUCUGAGGGACACUUUUGCUGCUUUAGGACGCCUGAAUGUGAAACAGGAGGAGAUUGAUGAGAUGCUAAAAGAGGCUCCUGGCCCGAUCAACUUCACUGUCUUCCUCACCAUGUUUGGUGAGAAGCUGAAAGGUGCUGAUCCAGAGGAAACGAUCCUCAACGCGUUUAAAGUCUUCGACCCUGAGGGGAAAGGUGUGCUGAGGAAGGACUAUGUGACACAGAUGCUCACAACACAAGCAGACCGAUUCUCCCCUGAAGAGAUGGAGCAGAUGUUCGCUGCCUUCCCUCCAGAUGUGGCAGGGAACCUGGACUACAAGAACUUGGUUCACGUCAUUACCCAUGGAGAGGAAAAGGAUCAGGAGUAAACCUUGUACACUACAUGUUCAUGAAAUUAAACGCCUGUCUAUUGCCUGUAGAUGACUUGAAACUAAAGGACAUAAGAUGUUGGUGAGGGUCAAGUCACAUUUUAAUCUUAUAGGCCCCAAAUAUGGGCAACAGAUAACAGAGCAUCAACAGUGCCAACAAAGUGAGCUGUUUUGUUCCUUUCCUGCAUUAUCCAGUCAUUUCCCACACUCACCAAGACUGUUUAAAUUAUUAUGCUCACCUUUUGUAUACUCAGAACCAUUUCCUUUAAAUUCAUAGAAACUAUCCAUUUGUUAGGUUUGUGGAUGUUCGUCUAAUAAAAGUUUGCAAAAACAGGUA